GUGUCCUCCACACACACACCACCCUCCUACCUCCCCUCCACCACCACCCCAGCCCUGAGACACACUUUUCUGUCUGACACACUCUCUCAGGACACCCCCCCCCCCCCAUCACCAGCAUCACUACCACUACCUCCUGUGUGCAAGCGAGGCAGGUAGGUAGGUGAAGUCAGCAGUGGAUCAGAGUGAGCUGCUGAGGGGAGAGAACGGAGCGAGGAGCGCGUGUGUGUGUUGUGUUUGUGUGAGUGAGUGAGUAUGUGUGUGCUGCUGCUGCUGCUGCUGCUGCUGCUGCAUCGCUGAGCUACAGAGACCGGAGGCGAGGAGAGCUGGAGCGUUUGUCCUUGAGACUGACUGACUGACUGCAGCUGUAGAGCGGAGAGAGAGAGCAGGCAGGCAGCACGAGCCAGUGGAUGAAACUGACAUCACCUCGGCAGGAUGUCAGUGAGGGGCUUGGACCCCACCUGUCCCUCUUCUAUAAAGUGUGAGCCCUCCAGUCCCAGCCCCAGCUCCCAAGGAGACGUCAGCCCGGCGCAGCCCAGCCCAGGAAGCUCCUCCUCGGACACAAACUCAAGCUAUGGGCCCCUGAUAAAGGGCCACAGCCUCAGCAAUGGCCUGGACUCCCCAGGACUCUGUGGUCACACCGUGGCCAACAACGGAACGACCAACAGGAGGUUUGGCGAGGAAGAAGGCCAAGUGAAGUGUGAGUUCAUGCUGGGCACGGUGGCCAAGCGGCUGUGUCUGGUGUGCGGCGAUGUGGCCUCAGGUUAUCACUACGGUGUGGCCUCCUGUGAGGCCUGUAAGGCCUUUUUCAAGAGAACCAUCCAGGGUAACAUUGAAUACAGCUGCCCUGCGUCUAACGAAUGUGAAAUCACCAAGAGAAGAAGGAAGUCCUGCCAGGCCUGUCGAUUUGUCAAGUGUCUGGCAGUGGGCAUGUUGAGAGAAGGUGUGCGUUUGGACCGAGUGCGAGGCGGCCGGCAGAAGUACAAGAGGAGAAUAGAUGCAGAAAACAGCCCUUAUCUGCACCCACAGAAUGUCCUGCCCCAGAAAAAAACAUUCUUUAUCGGUGGCAUGGUGGAGAACAAGGUGGUGUCUCUGUUGCUGGUGGCCGAGCCCGAGGGCAUCUUCGCCAUGCCGGACCCCACUGUCCCCGAGAGCGACAUCAAGGCUCUGACCACACUGUGUGACCUGGCUGACAGGGAGCUGGUGGUCAACAUCGGCUGGGCCAAACACAUCCCAGGCUUUCCCUCCCUCUCCCUGGCAGACCAGAUGAGUCUACUGCAGAGUGGCUGGAUGGAGAUCUUGAUCCUGCGGGUGGUGUUCCGCUCGCUGGCCCUGGAGGACAAGCUGGUGUAUGCUGAGGACUACAUCAUGGACGAGGAGCAGUCCAAGCUGGCAGGUCUGCUCGACCUUAACAACGCCAUCCUGCAGCUGGUGAAGAAGUACAAAACCAUGGGGCUGGAGAAGGAGGAGUUUGUGGUCCUCAAGGCCAUAGCACUCUCUAACUCAGACUCCAUGCAAAUUGAGGACUCGGAGGCAGUUCAGAGACUCCAGGAUGUCCUUCAUGGGGCCCUCCAGGAUUACGAGGCCACCCACCACCCGGAGGACCCUCGGCGUGCGGGCAAACUGAUCAUGACCCUCCCUCUCCUGCGUCAGACAGCUGCCCGUGCCGUCCAGCACUUCUGCAGCAUCAAACAGGACGGCCGCGUGCCGAUGCACAAACUCUUCCUCGAACUGCUGGAGGCCAAAGCCUGACCCCCCGAACACAGCUUCAUCCUCCUGACCUCCGGUGCAGAGGUCGGGGUGCGAGGAAGUGAAGGAUAACGGGUAACAGUGGGGUAUAACGCCAUGUAUUUGUCCAUUUCAGCUUGCAUUUGACUGUAUUGUUUCAAAUUUGCAAUUGCCAGAAGGCAGCUGGAGUACUUUUUAGAGCUGCACCCCCCCUUCCCCCUCCACCCCUCCUAUUUCCAAUGAACAUUUGGGGAAAAAAAACAGUCAUAUUCGCAUUUUAGUGUCUUUGGCGCCAUGGACGUUGUCAUCUGUGCUGUGUGUGACACUUAUUUAAAUGUGUUGACCUGCAUCGGAAGCAGAGGACAGACAGUUUAAAGCAGAGGAAAUCGCCUUCUAGAGAUAUUUACACUUUCAUGCCAAAAGUAGAGCUUCUUUCAUCAAAUGACCACCUGAUACUUGAAGAUCCUCGUGGAUUAUGUCUCUCCCUCCCCCUCCCCCCCAUCUUGAAGCCUGUUAAUAUGCAUCCUAGUGCAUUUAGAGAAGCCUUUUUUUCAUAAUGUGACUUGAUUUGUCCUUUUGUAUAGAAAACGUCAUGUGUCCUGAGAGGUACAGUAAAGUCUUGCCAAAGAGUAAAGACUCAUACUAUUGAAUAAUACCAGCAAACGUCCACAGCAUUAUAACGUGGCCUCCACGACAUUCACUUAACCUAUACAUCCCCGCUCUGUCGUGUGUCCCGAAUCUAUCUAUCUAUCUAUCCAGUCACUACACCGUAUAUAUGAAUAAUCAAAGAAUCAGAAUCUCGUCACACAAUAACCUGAUUUUAGCAGAACAUUUCAGGGACUUAACAUGUCAUGAUACAGCGGUACUACAGCAAUGUGAUAUUUAUUUAAAAGCGUCUCUUGUUCUUUUGCUGUUUUUAUUUCCUAUUGAAGCAAUUACAGUGGAUCUUUCUUUUUCUUUUUAAGAUUUUUAAACGAUAUCAUUGUAAGAUAAUUUUUUUUUUUUUUACUAGCUUCUCCGCUGCAGCACUGAUACCUACUGUACGUAAAAACCAUAUCACGAGAUUCAAGACGACAUGAUCAUAAGUGGAGUCUUGUACUUGAAUUUAAAGAUCCAUAACGUUGUAGGGUUGUGAACGCCCAUAGAUAUAACUUUAACUAUGUAAAAAUGGCUGCCAUACUGUAUAAUCCGGAUUAGGGAGGCACUUGAUAUCCUUUCUAUGGUAGAAAUCUGUGUGUAGGAUAAAAACGUGUGCACUACUUUUGCUUUUUUAGCCAUAAGGUUUUGGGGGAAGUGUAGGGGGGUGACACUGUGUAAAUCUAGUGUGUUUAGUGUGAAGAGUUUUUCCUUUUCUGCACAUAUUAAAUGAAGGGAUUCAAUUUCGAAGGAGUUUUAAAUUUGCAGAAAGCCGUGGCCCCUCGUUCUACUCCUUAAUGCAAGGUACUGUGAUGUCCAUAUUCUUUGGCGAGGGCAGCACUAUGGCAGGUUAAAUGUAUGUUCUGUACUUUUUUGCUGUAUAUACAUCAUGUCCUCCUAUGCCAACAGAGAUGUUUGAAGAUGCAAAUAAGCUGUGUUUGGAUGAGUUGUGCCGUGCUAUUUCAUUCUCAGGUGGAUUCUUGGGCAAUAAAGAUGUUCCCCAUAAUGCAAAGCUCA